AUGGAUGAGCUCCUCGACGACACCAGAGAUGUCCACUUUUGGGUUGCCUGUGCUCUGGCAGCUCAUGGUGACCAGGGCGUCAAAGUAAAGCUCCAGAUAUGGGACACCGCGGGACAGGAGAGGUUCCGCAGCAUAACACAGAGCUACUACCGAUCCGCACACUGUCUCAUGUUGGUCUACGAUAUCAGUUCCCAACCAUCCUUUGACUCCCUGUCCCAGUGGUGCCGUGAUAUCGAACAGUACGCUGGAUCCACAACGAAUGGUAACCGAUCGGUGCUGAAGGUGUUGGUGGGGAACAAGUGCGACAAAGAGAGGGAAAUACCGCUACAUAUCGCCGAACAGUUUGCCGUCAACAAUGAGUUUGACUUAUUCAUGGAGACGUCGGCCCUCCAGGCGGACAACGUGGAGAAGCUCUUCUACGAGAUCGCAGACAUAUGCGUCCAAAGACGCCAGGCCUCUAACGGCGCCGGUAGUCACGCGGCCGACAGCGGCCUCAGUAUUGAUAACAAUAAUCAAAAUAAGUCACAAACCAGUCAAUCGUGUCUUUCGUGUCAAUACUUGUGAAUAGGAUUUUUGAUUACGAAUUGUUUUUGUAUGAAUACCCAUACGGACAGCC